AUGAGUGGUAACGCAAUUGAUUUCAGGGUCGUCGCGACCACGGAGUACAAAAACACCACCGUUGAGGUUCUCGAGGGGGAUAUGUUGCGUUAUCCCGUGGAUGUGAUUGUGAAUGCUGCGAAUAUUAGUCUCAGGGGAGGAGGGGGCAUCAAUGGCUUUAUUCAGACUGCCGCUGGUCCACGUCUCUUACAGGAACUGAGAAUGCGAUUCCCACUGCCAGGGAUCGUGGGCGGCGCUUAUGGGCCGACUUCAUCUCACAACAUUAGAUCAUGCAACCAUAUCAUCCAUGCUGUUGGUCCGAAUUGGAAUACAGCAGCAGAGAGAGACCCGACACUUCUAGCCAAUGCUUAUCGCAACAGUCUAGAUAUUGCAAGGCGCAACAAUCUCCGAUCCAUAGCGUUUCCAGCGAUUUCGGUGGGAAUAUUUGCAAUGCCAUUGAGUAUAGCAGGCCCUACAGUAAUGACUACGAUUAGAAGGUGGAUCGAAGAAAAUGAAAAUGCAAUGGAUAGAAUAAGUAUAUUGUUAUACCGUUUUUCAGUAGCAGAAUUAGCCGAGAUGAGGUAUCACCGGCUCCGGGUUUAUCUUCAAAAUGACGGCCUUGAUAGGAGUGGAGAACCAGCUGCUGCUUUCAGAGUCCAACAACAGGCUGCUCAGAUAAUACCUCCCCCAGUUACAACAGCCGAUGCACCACGAGUUACAAGAGCUACUGCAAGAUCAGGUACAGGUACAAAAGCCAGCGCACCACCAGGUACAAAAGCCACUGCACCACGAGUUACAAGAGCCACUGCACGAACAGGUACCGGUACAAAAGCCAGUGCAACACCAGGAACAAAAGCCACUACACCUGGAACAAAAGUCACUGCAACAUCAGGAACAAAAGCCACUACACCAGGAACAAAAGCCGCUGCAACACCAGGAACAAAAGUCACUGCAACACCAGGAACAAAAGCGAGUGCAACACUGGGAACAAAAGCCACUGCACCUGGAACAAAGGCCACUGCAUUACCAGGUGCAAAAGCCACUGCAUCACCAGGAACAAAAGCCAGUGCACCACCCCCUCCCCCUCCCCCGCCGCCUUCUCCUUCACCUUCACCUUCACCUUCACCUUCAUCUUCACCCCCAUCACCACCUCCACAUCCACCUCCAACACCACCACCGGUAUCACCCAAGCGCCGUAAACCAACCCAACUCGGUCCUCUCCCUUCCCCACCACCCCUCCCCUCAGGCGAAGGCGACGAAUCCCCUCCCCCAUCCACUUACGAACGCGAAGAAACUCCCCCCUACCUCCUCAACUACUACGAACCCCUCUCCCGCAUGUGGAUGGGACGCGACCGAUACUACGCCAUGCUCGAAGCCGGACUCGACCCCGAAACCUACAUCGAAGGCAUGAUUAUCCCAGACCCCGAAGACGAUCCUGACAUUGCGUCUUUGUCUGGCGAUGAAGAAGUCCUUUUUGAUGAAGAUCAUCGCGAACGACUUACGCGCGGACAACUACUUGAUAAAUAUAUGAAAGUUACGAGAGAUGAUGUAGUGCAGGCACCAAUUGAAAAUCUAAGUCCGGUGCGGGAGGAACAUUUGCUCUAUGUGCAAGAGAAGGAUGAGCCAGAGUUUGAGGCGGCGGUGAAGAAGACGGUGCGGUGUGCUUGGGUGGAACCUGAAAUGGGUAGAUGUAAUACGAUGGGUAAUGCCGAAGUGAUGAGUACCAGGAAAUUUCCGGAUCGCUGUAAUUUACAUCAGGAUGAAGUUCUGUAUCGGAUUUCUUGA